AUGAGCGUGUCGACCUCAGCAUCUCCCAUGACAGCAGAAAUCGAAGUCUUCCAUCCCGCACGCAAGGACGCUGGCGUCCGUUCCCGAGCAGCCUCACCAGCGAAACUCAAGCGAAUGCAGAGCAUUCCAGAAGAGCCUGUGGAAAGUGCCGAGCCACUGAAACUGGAACUGGAACCAGACGAUGAUCCUCCCUGUGGCGGAACAUGUGCCCUUCAGCCAGAAGUGGCACCUGGACAACAGUCCGAGCAGGUCCUCGAGUAUGUCGCCAAGAUAAGAGAUGCCAUCAAGUCGCAAGGCGAGCGAUUGCAGGAGGAGACGAUCGAAACGCGCGAGCAAGAAGAGGACAAGGCGGAAGCUGGAUUGGACAGCAAGGGCAACACAGAGAGCAAGCGCGAGAGUGUCCUCCUCGUUGUGUCGACUCGAACCAAGAACGCGAUGUCUGGACUCAAGGCCAAGGGAGCCAAGCAGCGCGAGAGUAUGGUCCUUGCGGCGUCGACGAAGACGAAGGACGCUCUGGCUGGACUUCAGACCGUGGGAGGAAGGAUGUCGACGCUGCUUUCUCUCCGCCGCAGUGGUGGCCUCAGCCAGCGAAAUUCGCCGAGGCCAGUCAGUCCGAAGAUUUCGUCACAUCUCCUCCAAGCGGGCCCGCAUGUCAAACAGAAAGAGAAUGAUUCCGGGUUGGAGACCGAGUCCUUGACAGACGUGGAGGACGGCGAAGAGAUGGCUCUCUUACCCGAGGGUCCGAGUUCAACUUCUUCGCUGAGAUCCGAAAGAGAAUAUAAGUAUCAAGCGCUGCAGAAGUCACGAUUCUGCCGGAAUGUCGACAUAGCGCGUGGACGAGUCAACCAUGCUAAGUCUGCUGCAAAGGAUCUGUUGAGCGUGCGUCGUAGACCAGGCGGAUGGUCCAAGUUGAAGAGCCAAGCUGCAGACGAAUGUUAG